AUGACGUCAGUGAAAAAGGAUACUAUCCGGCAGUUCCUUAUUGAGAAAGUACUUCCAGCAAUCAAAGAAAAAUGGCCAACUGAAGAAAGAGGGUUGCCUAUAUUCAUCCAGCAGGAUAACGCCAGGACCCAUAUUGAUGUCAAUGACCCGGCAUUUGUACAAGCUGCCCAAGCUGAUGGAUGGGACAUACGUCUAACAUGCCAACCUCCAAACUCACCGGAUCUAAAUGUAUUAGAUCUUGGUUUUUUUGCUGCAAUCCAGGCUUUGUUUCAGAAGAGCACUCCAAACAACAUCGACAAGAUCGUGGACAAGGUUGAAAAGGCAUUUCAGGAAUAUCCAAAUGAAAGGUCCAAUAGAAUUUUCCUAACACAGCAGUCAUGCAUGCUAGAGAUUAUGAAGCAUAAUGGAGGGCAAUUUUACAACAUCCCACACACCAGGAAGAAAACAUUGGAGAUGCAGGGUGCUCUCCCCACUAGCUUUCAGUGCCCAAUCGACAUAUAUAAUCAAGCUUUAGAGUUUGUAGCUUAG